AUGGAAGGCCCCUUUGCGUACUACGGUACCCUGAUACACUCCCGGACCACGUCAGAUAUCGAGAUCCUCACCGACACGCUGAUCAUAGUCGAUGACACCGGCAAGAUAAGUCACAUCUAUCCACAGUUCGAGCCUGAAAACGGACGAAGUCUAGAGGAUAGCAUUGGAUCAUUGCUCAACCGACCCGACACUCAACUACCCGUCGUUCGCUUAGAGUCACCCAGCCAAUUCCUCGUUCCGUCCUUCAUCGACACCCAUGUCCACGCACCUCAAUUCUCCAUGCGCGGUCUCGGCCAAGGCCUCCAUAUUCUGGAGUGGUUGGAUCAAAUCACCUUCCCACACGAAGCUAAGUUCCGCGACACCGACUACGCAAGGCAGGUUUACUCGAGAUGUGUCGAUCUGGGUCUCCGCCAGGGCGUGACCACGGCGUGCUACUUUGGCAGCCUGCACACGCCAGCGACCAAGAUCCUCGUGGAUGUGUGUCUCGAAAAGGGCCAGCGGGCGUUUGUGGGGAAGACGUGCAUGAAUAACCCUGACACCAACCCGGCGUAUUACCGGGAAGACACUGCGGACGCGGUGGCUGGAACUCAAGAGGUGAUUCGGCAUUGUCGAGCCGUCGAUGAGAGAGGCGACAUGGUCAGGCCCAUCCUGACGCCGCGGUUUGCAAUAAGUUGCACCUCAGAGUCUCUGACAGAGCUAGGAAAACUGGCCAAGGAGCACGAGCAUGCUUAUGGAGUCGGACAAGGCGUCCCGAACCAAACGCACUUUUGUGAAGCUCAACAAGAGAUCGACACCACGUUAAAUCAGUACAAGGGAUUUACCUGCGAAGCCGACUUGUACGCACACUAUGGGCUGUUUGACCACAACUCGGUGCUCGCACACUGCACACUGCCCAGCGAAGCUGACCAGGCCAAGAUCAAGCAACAAGGCUGUGGAAUCGCCCAUUGUCCGGCGUCCAACACCACCGUCGGCGGCGGAUUCAUGGCCGCCCCGAUCCGCAAACUCCUGUCCGACGGGGUCAAGAAGAUCGGCCUGGGCACCGACUCGGGAGGUGGCUUCUCAUGCAGCAUCAUGGACGCCAUGCGCCUGGCCGUGAUCGUGGGCAACGCACGCGAGAUGAUCUCGGGAGGGAAAGAAGAGCGAUUGAAGCUGGACGAGAUCUUCUACAUGGCGACGCUGGGCGGAGCUAGAGUGCUGCGGAUGGAUGACCGGGUCGGCUCGUUCGAGGUGGGAAAACAGUUCGACGCGCUUUUGGUGGACAUGAGCGAUCCUCCUCCUCACCAAGGUGAGUCUAUUUACGCGGGAGUGCACACCAUGAUGGACGGCGAAAGCCGAACCGCCCAAGGGAUCAGACAGGUCUGGGAGAAAUGGGUCAUGACGGGGGACGAUAGGAACUUGACGAAAGUGUGGGUGGGUGGGAGAACCAAGAAGGACAUAACGCACGGAAAAUCGUGA